AUGAGAAGUGGGAGGGUGGUCAAAUUCUCUAAUGAGGAUGACGAAGAAGUUGAUGAGGAAAUUGAAUGUGAUAGCCUUUCGUUAACUCCUAUGAAGCUGAAGCACUCCAAAAUAGCCAAGAAGAAAGAACUGGUCAACAAGAAUGCUAAAAUUACUCAAGAUGUAGUAAGGUCUACUGAUGGGCCAGGAUCUCAAGUGGCAAGUCAACCACUUUUGGAAGAGAUCAAUGAAAAAGCUCUAACCACACAUGAGAAAAGCGAAUCAACUAUGCAAGGAGCAUUAACGCCAAAAGGUAAAAAGGUAAAGAUUUCUGACAUUCCCUUUCCUAAUGCUUACUUUAGAGGUAAGAAACUACAUGAUGAUCAAACCCAAAAAGAAAUGAUUGAAUUCUUUAGUAAGCUAGAAGUAAAUAUGCCUUUUCUCAACAUGAUUAAAAGCAUGCCUGCAUAUUGCAAGUUUAUGAAGGAUUUGUGCACUCAUAAGAGAAAGUUUAGGCCUAAUGAAAGAGUUCAACUUAGCUCUAAUGUGUUAGCUAUCUUUAAGCCUCAACUUCCCAUAAAGUGCCAAGAUCUAGGUGCCUACACCAUUCCCUGUACUAUUGGACCAGUGAACAUAGCCGCUGCAUUGCUAGAUUUAGCGGCCGCAAUUAAUGUAAUGCCUAAAUCUGUUUACAUCGCCCUAGGAAUUAAAGCAGUCAAACCCACUAGUGUUGUGUUACGGUUAGCUAAUAGGUCUAUUAGGCACCCUGAUGGUAUCUUAGAGGACAUCUUGGUUAAAGUGAAAGACCUCGUUUUCCCAGCUGAUUUCUAUGUCCUAGAUGCGUCUAAUGAGUUAGCCAGUGAAUCCACUCUCAUCGUAGGCAGGCCCUUCCUUAAAACAACAAAUACCAUUAUUGAUAUGAAAGAAGGUGCCAUAACCAUGGAGGUUGGGAAUCAUCAGAUAUGUUUUAACAUGUAUGAAGCCAUAAGACACCCCUAUGAGGAUUAA